CGCAGGGACCCUUCCCGGGGGCUCAGCCCUUCCAAGACAGCCACGCUGGCCUCUGGGCUUCAGGCAGCAACCUGACCCUCACCGGGCUACAUGGUCGAUCAGAGUGGCCUUGCUGCCCUGAUUGGCCCUGGCAGAGCAGAGCAAACACUGAGGUCACCUACAAGCCUCAGGCCCUGUUCCUAGCCUCAGUUCACAGUCGUCCCUGCCAGAGAGGUGGUGGCUGCUGUGUCCCCAGUCCGAGUGCAGAGACACCCAAGACAGAAAAUCUGGGAGCCAUGUGGGGCGCUGAGGCCCUGCUGUUGCUGCUGGGCAGCUGCCUGGCCAUAAGUGUGAAUCCUGUGCUGACGCUGCCAGACGACAUCCAAGUGCAGGAGAACUUUGACGAGUCCCGGAUGUACGGGAAGUGGUACAGCCUGGCUAUCGGCUCCACGUGUCCCUGGCUGAAGAGGAUCAAGGACAGGCUGAGCGUGGACACCAUGGUGCUGGGCAAGGGGGCCACGGAGGCGCAGAUGAGCACCACCCGCACCCACUGGCGGAGAGGGGUGUGCGAGAGGACCUCGGGGUUUUAUGAGAAAACAGACACGGCCGGGAAGUACCUCUACAGCAAUCCCAAAUGGAACUUAACCAUGGAGUCCUAUGUGGUCCACACCAACUAUGACGAGUAUGCCACUGUUCUGACCAAGAAGUUCAGCCGCCACCAUGGGCCCACCAUUACUGCCAAGCUCUACGGGCGAGAGCCACAGCUCAGGGACAGCCUCCUGCAGGGGUUCAGGGAGAUGGCCCUGAGUGUGGGCAUCCCCGAGGACUCCAUCUUUACCAUGGCCAACAGAGGGGAAUGUAUUCCUGGGGAGCAGAUACCACAGCCCACCCCAGCCCUGAGGGCCCGGAGGGCUGUGCUACUGCAGGAAGAUGAAGGGUCAGGGGCCGGACAACCAGUGACUGAUUUCACCAAGAAAGAAGAUUCCUGUCAGCUGGGCCACUCGGCAGGUCCCUGCCUGGGGCUAUUCAAGAGGUAUUUCUACAAUGGCUCCUCCAUGGCCUGUGAGAUCUUCCAUUAUGGCGGCUGUCUGGGCAAUGGCAACAACUUUAUCUCAGAGAAGGAGUGUCUGCAGACCUGCAGGACUGUGGCGGCCUGCAAUCUCCCCAUAGUCCCCGGCCCCUGCCAAGGCUCGGCCCAGCUCUGGGCAUUUGACGCCAUCAAGGGCAAGUGUGUCCGCUUCACCUACGGGGGCUGCCAAGGCAACGGCAACAAGUUCUACUCUGAGAAGGAGUGCAAGGAGUACUGCGGUGCCCCGGGCGAUGGGGAUGAGGAGCUGCUGCGAUUCUCCAACUGAUGGCUGGAAGGUAGCCGGAGUCUGUGCCAGAGCAGGCUGGGCCAAGUGACCUGCGUCCAAAUAAAACCAGACUGCUGAAGCUCCAA